CUGGAAACAUGGCUGCUGAGGCGGCGCUCAGCAGCUCCGGUCCCUCGCUCUGUCCAAGCUUUGCGGUCGUUUGCUCCUUUAUCGAGCGGUAUGGAGCCGCGCUGGACCUCCCUGAGAUGUCUUUCCCACAAAUGGAGACAUAUUUGCGGGAUACAUCGACAGUUCCCAGACCCCUGGUGGAGCUCCACGUGAAGCUGCUCAGGAAGCUGGGUAAGAUGGUGUCUGCUGAGCGCUGGGAGAAGAACCUGGCAAAGUUCUGCCAAGAGCUCAACAGCACCUGGGCGUGGGAGCUAGAACAAAGGGGCUACCAGGAGAUGACCAUGGAGUGCAAGUCUGGAAUACUCAAAUACUUGUGCGAGUGCCAGUUUGAUGACAAUCUGAGGUUGAAAAUGUCAGUGAAUGAGGAGGAGCCAGAGAGCAUGAGAUUGCAGCCAAUUGGUCGAGAUCGCCAGGGCCACCUGUACUGGCUGCAGUUGGACCACGAGCACAACAUCCGCCUGUACACGGAGGAGCAGGACGACUUGGACGGCUCCACUUGGAGAUGCAUCGUCAGGUCUCGGAAGGAUCUGGAGGAUGCCCUGAAGCUCCUGAAGGCCCAGGUGGAGACAAAACCAGAGCAGACACACCAUGACUGCACUGCCACUUUGGAGAAGAACCACUGCAGUUCAGAAACAAAACCAGGUGACUACAUCAAACAAGAGCCAUUUCCCAAAGAGCUCCAGCAGCCGUGCCCUGUGCUGGCAGAGACAGAGAAGCCGAACGAGUGCAAGCCCCCUGUGUUUGAUCAUCAUGUGCGCACCAUCACUGCAGUGACCACUCUGAGUCAGAACACCGUGUCCGUCCUCAGAGCACCCGGAGCGCUCAGACCGGAGAUACAUCCUGGCCCCGUGAAGAGCAGCAGCCAGCAGGCCACCAUCCCCCUGAAGAAGAGAGAGCUCAAACUGUCUCAAGACUAUCAUAGCAACCUCCUCCUGAACAACAACAGCAAGUGCAGCAUCAUUGUGGUCAACCCUUCUGUCAUCCAAUCCACAGACUGUCCAAGCUCCUCCGGGCCCGAGCUGACCAAUGGGAGUGCUCCUCUCACUAUGCCCCAUGCGAGAGAGUCUGGGGCCCCCGUAGAACAUGUGGGCGUCAUCCGAAACCUUCAUGAGACUGAGAGACAGUCUCAGCAGCCUACUGACCGGUGCGCACAGGAGCAAAGGGAGGCCAGGAGGGAGUCUGUGCUGGUUCAGAAGACACAUGCUGUCAAAAUCAACUGCCAAGCUCCAGUGCUGUCCUCAGAGCCUCCUCAUUUCUCUAAGGAGGAAGAGAAUGUAGAAUUAAUGGUAGAGAAAGAUGACAGGAGCGAGUGUACAGAUACUUUAGAGAAGGAUGGUGCAGGAACACAGAGUACUCCAGACCAAAAGGAGGACAAAGCGGAACUCAAUGGCUCUGUAGUCUCGGACACGCCUAUGGAGGAAGCUUCAUCUGAGCUUCAGAAAGAAGGCAUCCGGCUCAAAAUCAAAAUCCCACCGCACCGCCAGAACAAGCUGCGUGCCAGAAGUGCCAAGCAGCAGCAGCCCGAGGGAGGGGAGGGGGAGGCCCCGCUGAGGAGGUCUGCCAGGAUCUGCAGGCCCAGCUCCAAGGCUGUGGAGAGCCAGAGGAAGAUUGUGGGACAGAGUUCCAGUCCAGUCCAUCCCCCAGGGUGUGCUGUGCAGACCAGGAGACGGAGGGGGCGUCCAAAGUGGUCCAAAAAAGCCAAAGUGAAGCAGGAGCCCCAGGAGGAGUACAGGGAGCAGCCAGAGGAGCCGGUGGAGGAGGGAGAGGCAGAGUCCAGCACGGCAGACGCAUGCACACACUGUGGACUGGCCAACCAUCCUGAGCUGAUCCUGCUGUGUGACGCGUGUGACGUUGGCUACCACACGGCCUGUCUGCGCCCUCCACUCAUGUUGGUACCAGAGGGAGAGUGGUUCUGUCCUCCCUGUCAACAUAAGCAGCUGUGUGAGCGUCUGGAGGAGCAGCUGACCACUCUGGACUGUGCCCUGAAGAGGCAGGAGCUGGCUGACCGACGGAGGGAGCGCCUGGUGUACGUGGGCAUCAGUCUGGAGAACAUCAUACCGGAGGAACACAAAGUGGAAGAGAAGAACAUAAAGAAGAAGGACGCCCGGAGGAGUCGCCUGGGGAGACGUUCCACCAGAACCAGGAAGCUCAUCAGCUACAGGUUUGAUGACUUUGAUGAUGCCAUAAAUGAGGCCAUUAAGGACAACAGAGACCUGAGCGGAAGAUGCAGCAGAGCCAUAAGCUCGGUGUCAGACGAGAUCGGGCUCUCAGGGCUGUCACACAGGCCUGACCCCCAGAGACGUGACCCCCAGAGACGUGACCCCCAGAGGCCGGACCCCCAGAGGCCGGACCCCCAGAGGCCGGUCCGCUGGCCCGCUGGUCGUGUGAGGAAGAAGAGGAGACGACGACUUAAUGACCUAGAGAGUGACAGCACGGCAGUGGACAGUGAGGAAGAUGAGUACCUGCUCAGCCACAGCUCGGAGGAAGAGGAGGAGCUGGCUGCCUGGGGGGUGGAGGAGGAGGAAGUGGACAGUGAGAUGUGCAGCGGGGACAGUCUGAGCGGGGACAGUCUGAGCGGGGACAGGGCCGUUAGGAGACUGGCCAAGUCUCGAGGACAGUCCAGGAAGAGGACACGUGAGCUGGACAGCCCGGAGCACAUGGGGUGCUCCAGUGGGAGUGACAGUGGAGAGGACAGCUCCAGGAGGGCUCUGCGCAGAGGUCAGCAGCAGCAGGUCAACUACUGUGAGAACUCUAGCUCAGACAGUGGAGCACCUCCUGCUGUCAAGAGUGUGAGGAGGCGCCCAGAGCCAGUGUCCAGUGACUACAGUGAUGUCUCUGUACUCUCCAGAGACUCAGAGGAGGACUGUGGUGAGGAGGAGGAGAGCAGACGGAAGAGACCCCAGGCCAGGCACCGGAAGAAGAGAAGGCAUCGGCAGAGGUCCCGGCACUGUCCCCCCACCGACCCCGACACGUCAGAGGAGGAGGAGGAGGGGCCUCUGAGAAAGAGAGCCCAGCGCCUGGCCCCUGGUGAGGAGGAGCAGGGCCACAGCACAGGGAGGACAGGCAGACCAAGGGGCCGCAAACACAAGGGCCCCAAACACCAUGGCUAUGCCCAGUCUUGACACCACUGAAAACUCUGUGUGUGUGUCUUCUGUGAUUUUAAAGGAGACAUUAAGCUAAACCAUCCAUGUUACAGUAUAUUUUUUAAUCACAAAUGUAUUCUUAGUUAGUUUUUUAUUGUUUUGAUUACACCUUAAAUGGCCUUGACUAAUGCAUUCCAGGCCACUGGUAACUGGGAUAUUACCCACUGGAACGUUCCAAAUUCUGGCCUCAGAGAAUGAACUAUGUAAACUUGUAAACAUGGCUAAUGCUGAACUGUAGGUUAAACAUGUUCCUACAUGUUCUUAAACAUGCUGUACAUGUCUCUGAUGUGUCAAAUAACAGAAUAUUGUCAGAUGGAUCGCGUGUUUACUUGGUUCAACUCUUUGAUCCACUGUCUGUGGUGAGUAGCAUUGUUGUAAUAAGUCAGUUCAAUUCAUAUUCCCAGCUGUGUAUAUUCCAAAUAGGUAUUAUGAGUUUCAGCGGCAUUCCAGGGCUUUUUUUUUUUUUUUUUUUUAUCAGAGCAGUGAAAUAUUCCAGGUAUCCAUUGUCUGGAGACUCAUGUCUUAGCAUAAUGUUGCUAAUAGCUGGGCUGCCAGUAUGUCUAUGCCAGCAGAGGGUAUCCAACCUGCUGUAAAUGAUGAUUCACCAAGUUCAUUUUCAAUUGACUACAUAUACUUAAAUCAGCACUCACUUUUGAUAAGACGAUGGUGGUAUAACCAAUCCAUA